AUGUCAACGAGGAGAAAUUUUAUAUCAGAAUUUAUCGAGAACAUAAAACAUGAAUUGAAUAAAAACAAAGAAAUGAAAGACAGUUUAAAAAAAUUUCGAGAAGAAGCAGAGAAACUUGAACAGUCAGAUUCACUGAAGAAAGCUCGUGAGAAAUAUCAAUCUAUAGAAGCUGAAACAGUGAAGAGCUCCGAUGCACUGAAGAAAAAAAUAUCUGAAAUGGUCAAAGAAAAGCUGAGUGAUGUAGAGAAAUCUGAGUAUGCAAAGAAAGGUAAAGAGAUUGUUGAUGACGUUGCUCAGAGCAUGGGUAGAGCAGCUGACACUGUAUCCAGACAAACAGAACAACUGGCCAAGAGUCAAGUCUUCAAGACUGUUUCAUCUGGUGUGAAAACUUUGAAAGAAGAAAUUAAAGAGUCAACAACUUAUGAAAGAAGCACCCUUUACAAGGCUCCUGAGAAACUACGGAAGCGUGAGGAGUACAUGGUGAAACCGGGUGAAGAGAAGCCCAUUGAAGCCAACUUUGACGCAUCGGGUGUGGUACUGCACAAGGACUCACAGUGGUAUCAGAGCUGGCAGUUAUUUAAGGACAACAACCAGCUCGUCAACAAGUUGUUUGACAUGAAGACUCGCUACGACGAGAGUGGCAACGUCCUCAUCAGAGCCACAAGAACCGUCACAGACAAGCUGUCUGAAUUAUUUGGCGGUAUAUUCACAAAGACCGAGAUGUCGACAGUCUUGACGGAGAUCAUCCGCAUGGACCCAACUUUCGACAAGGAACAAUUCAUCAAGUUGUGCCAGUUCGACUUUAUACCGAACAUCUUGGAGGCCAUAGUGCAGGGAAACUUGGAAAUCUUGCAAGAUUGGUGUCAUGAAGGAGCCUUCAACAUUCUGGCAACUCCGAUAAGGCAGGCUCAAGCAGCCAAUUACAAAUUUGAUUCCAAAGUGUUGGACGUUAACCAUGUUGAUAUAGUAGCUGGCAAGAUAAUGGACCAAGGACCUGUCCUGGUCAUCAGCUUCACUGCCCAACAAAUCAUGGUCGUCAGAGAUCUCAUGAACAAUGUCGUCGAGGGAGAUCCAGAGAAGAUAAUGAGAAUAUUUUAUGUGUGGGCCUUCUGCAGAGAUCAGAACGUCCUUGAUCCCAGGGCCGCCUGGAAGUUGAUCGAUCUGUCUGCAAGUCCCAUGGAACAGUGGUUGUGA